CAGGGUGGUUACCAUGGUGAUGAUGCUCAGCUGAUUGUUGCUGGAGCAUCAUGGGUGGCUGGGUCAGCUGUUUCUCCCAGCCACCAAAACAUUGCUGGGGCUGCUGCCAGACAUGCCUUCCGUGCUCCUCACAGACUCCAUCUCCGUGGAACUGGGCGCUCAAGAACCAUGGCCAAAUGAUGUGAAAUUAUUCCAGCAGUAUGAAGUUGAGCAAAUUCUGUUGCCGGAUAAUGCUAGCUGCUUAGCAGUACAGGCAUUCCUUAAGAUGUGCCAACUCAACUUUUCCUUGGAAAUGAGGGGCAAUGCUGAACACAUGUCUCCCAGUGGUCGGGUGCCAUUCAUCAAGGCUGGGGCAUUUGUGGUGGCCGAGCUUGACCCUAUCGUCGCCUUUGUCGCUAAUAAGGGUGUCACAUUGACAGACGGACUGGACACCACACAGAAGGCAGACAUGCGGGCCUACAUGUCACUUGUCAGCAAUGUCUUGGCAAAUGCUGAGCUGUACAUCUCGUGGCUUGAUCAAGUAACCUAUGAAGAUGUAACAAAGUCACGCUAUGGGUCGGUAUACCCUUGGCCAAUUAACCACAUUCUAACCCACCAGAAACGCACCCAGGUCAUACGACGACUAAAUGUUCUGGGUUGGAAACAAAAAUCAUUGGAAGAGGUGUAUAAUGAAGUGGAACACUGCUGCAGUGCACUUUCUGAGCGUCUGGACAAACAAGACUUCUUCUUCGGUAACAGACCAACUGAGCUAGAUGCUUUAGUGUUCGGACAUCUAUUUACACUCCUAACAACUCCACUUCCUGACAAUCGACUGGCAACCAUUGUACGAUCAUUCGGCAAUUUGGUGAAACUGUGCCAGAUAGUUGAGAGGGACUUCUUUGAGAGGAAUAAUGGAGGAAGCAGCAGUGGCAAUGGUGACGGUGACUAUGACAAACUGGAUGAUCUCAACCAACUUCCUGUGUGAUCACAAAGAUUUAUCAUCUUGUCAUGAUGUCAAGAAUUACCAACAGCCUUUACUUCAAUUUAAGGCUUGCAAAAAUCUGAAAACAGUGAAGUGACAAAAAGAAAAAGUUAUAAAAGAAACAAAACAAUCCACAUAUAAUAGAUGAUAUCUGUUAUUAAAUAACGAUUCUAUUUCACACAUAUUAAAGCUGUGCAAAAACAGGUUCGUAUAAAUGGAAACAAGUUAGUUUCACAAGAAUCAUCGAGCAGUUAGGAUGUAUGGAAUUAAUGUAUAUGCCUAUAUGCAGUUUACAAAUGUAUAUUGAUAACAGAUGCAGAACUUUUAUUGCAAGAAAUUGAAUAAUGAAUCUGUGAUGUCUAGUGGCAUUUAGUGAUAAAGUCGUAUUUUUGAAAAGCUUGUAAAGUUAUUUUGUAUUGUUUGUAAUUAUUGUAAUAUUUUAUGCAUUCUUAAUCAAAAGCAUUUAUGGUAAAAACAUUUAACUUGAUUUUUGCUUAAAAACAAAGAAUAAAUGUGAUCAUCCCAUUUUUGUUUUACAAGUAGACUAAGUGAAACCUGUGCCUCAUGUGUAUAGUCAGGUAUACAUGUUAACCCAGUAGUUGUUGGUUAGUUAGUAGUCAUGCAUAGUGUCACCAAAUUGUAAUGCGCUGUAUUUGUGUUGUUAUUGUAUAUACAAUACAGGAAUAUAUAUCCUGCCAUAAAAUCCAGUGAACAUGUCAUACCAUCUGUAAAUAAUCUGGACAGGUGCUAUCUAUCUUUUACAAUAUAUUUCCGAUAAACAUUAA